AUGGCGGCUCGAUUUCAGAUUGAGGGAGAUGACUCGGUUCUCCUCCGCGUCACUCACUUCAAUCUCAAAACUUUCUCUGACGAGGUCCGCUGCUCACUUCAGGUAAGUGCGCCAUCGCGAGUGACGACGAAGAAGGAAGAGGAAGAGAAUGGAGGAGGAGCGCAGUUGUCAGAUCGCGUGGAGACUAUUGUCAGACCACAGACCAUGUGA